AUGGCCGGCUUCAUUGUGCUACUGUCUGCCGCUGUUACUCUUGCUGUUCCCGACUUCAUCAUCGCCCGAGACGUAAGAGCAACAGGAAAGGCCUCGACACCGCCGGCAUUACCACUGGCACAGGUGGCGGUAUCGGCCCCAGGGGCAGCAACAAAUCUCAAGUCGACCUCAUCGUCGAUCCCUAAGCCGUUAGCCACGCUAGCUGUGGCUACGUUGGCUUAUCACAGUUCAAAAGCAGCCAAAACUAAUAGUCCGAAUGGUACUUUGGAGUCUGUUCCACAGCUACAACCCCCGAAAGUCGUCGUCGAAACCAACUACGUCGUCUACACGCAAGUGAAGACUGUUGCGCCAUCAUAUAUCACCGUCACAAAAACAGUACAACCGCCGCCGCCGCCUCCUCCUCCUUCUCCUCCUCCUCCUCCUCCUCCUUCUCCUCCUCCUCCUCCUUCACCUCCACCCCCAUCAAAGCCGAAGCAAGCAGGACCUCAUCCGCCUCCUGCAGUAGUUCAGAGCCAACGACCUGAUGCGGCCACUGUUGCAAAUCCAACUCCCUCAAUCGCAUUAUCAUCCAUAACUGCUUCAUCAUCUUCUCCGCUGCCACCUUCGGCCCCUCAAGCACUCGUAACCCCAGCAACCACAACCUUAAUCUCGUCCUCCUCGGCACCGCCACUACCGCCUCCGGAUCUCGUACCUAUCAUGAGUUCUCCGAACUCUGGGAGUGGUGGCUCACCAAGUCUGAACCCCAAUCCGCAGGCUCAGAUUGACCCGGCAGGAGGUCAGCCACGCGGUCCAUCGAUGGGACCUCCGGACCCGAUCAACGGCGCGUUCCCUGGUGGCGUGCCAAACAAAAGCGUUGAUUUGCCCAUCACCUUCAUGUUCAUGCUGCUGUUCAUGCUUGGAGCGUACGUCCAUAUUACCAUUUAUAGGCGGAACGCAAAGCGAGGUCACAAGUUCCUCAUUUCGGAUAUCAUUUUCGACUUCUGCAUGGUUCGGACUGUAACAUGCAUUUUCCGGAUAACGUGGUCGCUUGUGACGACGCGAGGUGUGGUCCUCAUGGCGUUGCUCACCGAGAACGGCGGUGCCUCCUUGUUGUUUGCAGUCAACAUCUUCUUUGCUCAGCGCUUGGUCCGCUCGAUCCAUCCCAAGGCGGGAUGGUGCACAGCUUUCGGCCAGCUCACCUUUAUUCUCCUCAUUACGGUCCCAGUAUUCGUCAUCUUGAACAUGACUUUGACGAUAGUAAGCUUCUUCAGUGCGGGAAAUGUGGACCGGCUCGAGGUAACGGACGACCUGUUGAAGUUUGGAAUUUCGUGGAACACGUGGCUCGCUAUCUUCCCCAUCAUCGUCGUCAGUGGAUGUCUCUCGGUGCCAGGCCCGAAGCCGGAGAGGUUUGGCAGCGGCUCGCAGAGAGUCAAGGUGGCGCUUCUCUACUUUGGAUCCGUUCUCUUAAUUACGGGACAGUCCAUCCGUCAGUUUGCCCUCUUCAAUAAGGAGCCGCCGGGAACUACAAGUGUCGUCUUCAGUAAGGCGGUGUUUUAUACGACCGGGUUCGCAUUUGAGCUCGUGGUUGUUGGCCUCUACGCCAUAAUGAGAGUCGACCUGCGUUUUCACGUCCCGAACGGCUCGAGCGGACCUGGAGACUACUCUGGCGACGAGAAGAAAGGCGGCUACACCGUCGAGGAUAUUGAACGGCUGAUCGGCGGCCUGGAGGUGCCACAUCAGAUCAUGCGCGAGAGGAAGGGGCCGGAAGACAUGGAGAUGGUAUUCACCAUUUUUUUCGCCACUAAGAAGGACGAUAAUCCAAAAGAAACGGAGAAGAUGGGUGAAACAGAAGUUAAAGUCGAAGACGCAACAUUGCCGGAGAGGCCGAAGAGAAUCACCAGAAGACAAACGCUCAUCGACGCCAUCAAGCCGCCGCCGCGUAGCCCCAGAGAGUCGUCAGGGUAUCCGGACAUCACCGCCAUGUACCAAGAAGUGGGCGGAGGAGAGUACGCGGCAAGGCAAUCCGGAAAGCCUUCGAUGUACUCUCAAUUUGACAACUCGAAGGUCUAUGAUGCGCAGUACCAGCAGUACUGGCGGUCGUACGGCAAGGAGAAAGGGACCAUGAGAAGCAUAGAUUUGAAACGUUGA